UCCAUUCUCCAAUGGAGAUCUUCUCCCGUUUGGCUCCCAAUCUCCCCCCAUUCCUCCAUAAAUUCCCCUUCUUCGAUUCUCUUCUUUAGCAACAUUAAGCCCCAAUUUCUCUCUUCUUUUCCCAAUCCUCCUCUUCCUUUUCCUUCUCCUUCUUCCUCCUUCCCCUUGCCCACUUCCUGUCUAACAAUGGCGCUUAAAGCCAUCCAUGUCUCCGACGUGCCCACCCUCGACCACGUCCCUCAAAACCCUUCCGUUUACUCCGCCCGCUUCUCUAAAGGCGUGGAGUUAAAGAGUUCGUCCUUCAAAAUCCCCAAGUUCUUGGUGGUAGGGCACAGAGGGCACGGGAUGAACAUAUUGCAUAGUUCUGAUGCGAGGAUGAGAGCCAUUAAAGAGAACUCCAUCACCUCCUUCAUCGCCGCUGCAAAAUUUCCCAUUGAUUACAUUGAAUUUGACGUUCAGGUGACAAAAGAUGGCUGCCCGGUGAUUUUCCACGACGACUAUAUUCUUUCUGAAGAUAAUGGUACUGUCUUUGAGAAGAGGGUUACAGAGUUAUGUUUAUCAGAAUUCCUCAGCUAUGGACCUCAGAAAGAGCCAGAGAAGAAAGGGAAAUCUUUGCUGAGGAAAGCAAAAGAUGGGAGAAUACUCAAGUGGGAUGUUGAAACAGAUGACUCACUUUGUACAUUGCAGGAGGCUUUCCAGAAAGUAGAGACCUCUUUGGGUUUCAAUAUUGAGCUAAAAUUUGAUGACAACAUUGUCUAUGGAGAAGACCAUCUUACACGUGUUCUCCAGGCCGUCCUGCAGGUGGUGUUUGAGUUCGCUCAAGGCAGACCCAUCAUGUUCUCUAGCUUCCAUCCUGAUGCUGCUCUGCUUGUUAGGAAGCUACAGGACACAUACCCUGUAUUUUUCUUGACUGAUGGAGGUACCGAGCUUUACUAUGAUGUGAGAAGGAAUUCAUUGGAGGAAGCCAUAAAGGUGUGCUUGGAGGGAGGUUUAGAAGGGAUUGUUUCAGAGGUCAAAGGAGUGUUCAGAAAUCCAGGAGCAGUGAACAAGAUCAAAGAAUCCAAGCUCUCCAUCCUAACAUAUGGCAAAUUGAACAAUGUGAUGGAGGCUGUUUACCUGCAACAUUUGAUGGGAAUUGAUGGAGUGAUUGUGGAUCUUGUUAAAGAGAUUUCAGAGCAAGUGAGCGGCAUGAUAAAAUCCUCAGCUUGUGAGGCAGCUGGUGAAGAGGGUGAAGGCAAAUCAAAGCCUCAGUUCUCACAGAAGGAGCUGGCAUUUCUCUUGAAGCUCAUCCCAGAGUUGAUACAGCACUAACCCUUUGCCUUUUCUUCUUCUUCUUCUUUUUCCUUUUUUUUCCUUUUUUUUUUUUUUCCUGGUAGUUUUGUACUUUUUUUAUUCACCCCUUUUUCUAUUUUGUUUUCCUUUCCCCUGUUUGGGGUCAGUAUGCGGGGGUUUAUAAGUUGUAGUUACCCGAUUACACUGUUGUACAUCAAAUGAUAUCUAUUUUCAGCUGGGAAAAAAAAAAGAGAGAAAAAACUCGUUUCAUCCUCUUUCCCCUAAUCAUCUUUUGAGUUCAACUGAACUAUAAAAAUAAUUUUCAAUA